UUAAAGAUCCUGCUUGUAAUCUAUUUGCCUCGGUAAAAUCUCUUUUGUUUACCUAGAAAGAAAAAAAACUUUUGCUUCUGAUAUUCCAUGUCAGCAUUAUCCUCCUGCACCAGAUUUUCAGAGUCGUGUCUGUAUUCUUAACCUUACGCUCAAUCAAAAACAGAGUCAAAAAUCAACAUUUUUUGUUCACUAAGUAACAGAGUUCGCGAUGACAACAGUAGCCUCCUCCGGCUUCGUACCUUUCUUGCCGGCGCUCAAUCUGGCCAAAUCUCGACGGUCAUGUCCCAACAUUCGAACUCGGUCUGCAUGUCUUCCAGUGGUUUCAGCAUCGCUAACCCAAAUCGAAGUAGACACAACAACAACAACAACAACAACAAGCCUCUGUUCAAGUGUUGUCUCGUCAAAACAAAUCUCGGAGGCUUUGCAUAACAUAUCUCUAGCAGAUCUGGAUCCAGGAACCGCAAAGCUUGCGAUUGGGAUCUUGGGUCCUACCUUAUCAGCUUUUGGGUUUCUCUUUAUUUUGAGGAUUGUUAUGUCUUGGUACCCGAAACUCCCAGUUGACAAGUUCCCGUACGUUUUGGCGUACGCUCCGACCGAACCAAUCCUUGUUCAGACGAGGAAAGUGAUUCCACCACUUGCAGGAGUCGAUGUAACUCCAGUGGUUUGGUUCGGGCUUGUGAGUUUCCUUAGUGAGAUUUUGGUUGGUCCACAGGGACUUCUCGUUCUUGUUUCUCAACAACAAAUUAGCUAGAAUCUGAGAAUCUUACUCCGUAAUACAUUUGUUUUUGUACACUCUUUUGGCCUCUGUUGAUGGUAUCUCUUUCUGUAUGUGCUGCUCAUUAUUCUUUGAAUUCUGGGCAUCGAUAUUUUGAGAUUUUGGUCUGUUCGUUUUGGAUAGAUGUUGCAUUAAGAUGCAGAUACUAUAUAUAUAUUUUUUUUUUGACA